CAAUCAUAUUACUUCUCAAUGUAUGCAUGACCAGCAGAGGCACAGGGCCUCCUUGCAUGAAGCUCUCCUCAAUGGCGCGGACGGUCAGCCAUACCAAGAAUUCAGGAUAUGUCUUUACGGUCUCUCCCAUAUGAGGUUGUCUUCAUGAUUGUUCAAAAUCUAAGCUUGGAAGAUACUUUUCACCUGUCCCUGUCCAGUCGAUGGCUCCGAUAUUUGAUCCAAGAUGACAGGUGCUGUAAACCACUUCUGGAGGCACUUGCUGUGGCCACGGCAGAGGUUCAGGAGGCCCGCAUCUCGGGGAAGUGGUCAGGGGCGCUACGCCGGCUUGUUCAGCGGCGACAGGCCAUUCGCGCUGCGGCACCCUUCACCGCUGCGAUCCUCGCAGUAGCUGAGUCAUGGCUGUACUCUGGUGGCGUGCUAUGCCACAUCCUGGACCGGACACUACGAGUGCUGGAUGUGUAUGGGUCGCAGUCUGAAGAGACAGUCUUCGACAUCCGCAGCUUGCUUCACAAGAAGCUGCCGCAGCCGAGGGGCCGGAGGCGAUAUAAGUUCGAGCUUCUGCACUACGCCGAGGGGUUCGUGUCAUGCCUCUACAGCCGUUCGCGGCCCUACUCUGAGAGCUUCCUGGUCGUCCUCAAAGUGCCCGAGGGGAGCCUCGUCACGACCCGGCCGCUCGAGUCAACCUGCAAACUUUUCGUAAGAAAUAACGCUGAUUUUCUCUACUUCGGCACGCACUCCGAGAUCGGGGAGGAUGGCUUCCGCCGAUGGGUCCUGACAAACUAUGACAUUAACGGAGGUCAAUGGGCAAGGAAUAAGAUACACCUCAUCGACAUGGUCGGCUCAGACAUUGGACAGUCUCUCUGCUUCGAAAUCAUUGAUGGCUACUUUUACGGACUGUCUAACCAGACCAGCUUCGAAGUGAACGAAGUAGACUGGACCUCCUACUAUCAUUGUUUUCGGUUCCCUGUUGACCGACCACGCCAAGAGCUGACUGAUAGGGCGGACAAGAAGCAAAUGUGGCGUCGCCAGCAUGCUGACGGACCUAUAGACGACCGGUGGUCCUUUGUCCGCCUUGUCAAGAACGAGGAGACCGGUCAGAUACAGAUUCUCGAGUCCAGAAAAGAGUGGCUAGACAAGCGAAGUUCUAGCCAGAGGGCUUAUUACACUACAGACAUAAUCUGGAAGUCCAAAAGGGACGACAACCAGAGCAAUGAUACUGAAGCGACUGCGGGCGCUGGAGCCGGAGCUUCAUCGAAAACCCAUCUUCGCAACCCAUACAAGACGCAUAUAGGAGAUGAUUCCUCGGCGAGCGUGAUGAUCACGCUCAGUAAGUGUCAUAUCAGGUCUUACCAUUACGAGAGCCAAGCCUUCCUCGAUCUCGUGGAUAAUCCGCAUCCAGACGACCUGAGCAGCAAGGCUCGCCUGCAACUCCGCUCAGGGUCGAGACAGCUUCGCCCGGCGGCCCAGCUCGGUCCCGACUCACCAGGACAUGACAAGACGCUGCCGCACACAGCGCGCAUUAUGCAUCUCUACAAGAAUGAUGGGAAAAACACUAUAACGCUCUGGCCCCCGACACCUGAGGAAGGCGAGCAAGCAGGGGCUGAUGCAGCCGGUCUAGAGAAGUUGGGGAAGAUCAUCAACCCACCGUCGCAUACAGGCAACGUGAAGGGCGUGUGGGAUGAAAGAUCAUUCGUCUACUCUGUAGGAAGUAACGCAGAUGGCGUCCAAGCUAUUGUUUUUGUAGGUUUCGACCCCAGCCUCAAGUUGAAGGGCCUG